AUGCUGCGGGAUUUGGCGGAGCAAGGUGGCCGAAGGCUGCCAUUGCUGGGCUAUUUGGGGGUCGCUUUGCUCAACAGCUGCCCGCCGGAUGACACCGACUUGUUCUGGGACUCCUUGAUCCACGUCAUGGACUCGCCGGAUCUCGCGGAGAUUGCGGUCAACAACUUGAUUCUGUCUGAGCAGGUCUACUACCAGACUGGAUACCGCAUGCCCUACGUUCGGGCUCAUGGCCUCUACACCGGCAUGGCUUAUGCUCCGAGCAAGCCGCAACAAGUCCUGGUGUGGCGUGCGCCGCUGUUCAGUUAUGUCACCACAAGAUGUGCUAUCAUGCAUUUUAUGGCCGCCAACCCUGGUCUCAACAUCGAAUUUCACUUCAUGGAGGAGGGUGAAAGCUUGCCAUACGCUGAAGUGGCCGCUUUUAAGGCUGUGGCGCUGAUCCCCUGGGAUCAUGCCCUCAUGACGUUCUACGAGCUGUACAGCGGCAACAUCCCACUGCUCAUGCCCGGCACGGAAUGGAUGUAUCGCCUACUUUACCAGCGCGGUCAGCUCUCAGUCGGUGAGCGCCUUUACCAGGCGGGGCUUCCUGGAUAUACACCUCCUUUUGUGGAGUUUGCCGAGGCGGAUGUCACGCCUUCACCCCCAAGUGCCGCCACUGGGCUCAGCUCGGCGAAGGCGGCCCGUGGUGUCGCGGAGGAUGUGCUGAGCCGCGGCCUGGACGCAGCUGACCUCGAGACUGCGAAGCAGUACUUGAAGGCUGCUCUCGAUCUCAUGAAGGAUAUGCGUUACUUCCUGGCGGUCGCCGAGAACAAGACUGAUGAGGACUCGUCGACCUCGAUGGGCAUCGUGCGUCGCUCCACAUCCGAAGGGUCGAGGAAGCCUGCGCAGGCGAUACGCACGCGAAGGGAAAUCCCGACACAUCCGGAGUUGUGGCAUCCCUACACUCCUUUCCAGAUGUCUCCUGUCGAUUCCAAUGACUGGACACGCAUGCGCAAGGGUACUUGGUGGCUUCGGCGUGGAGCCCGCUUUGAUGCCAUGAGGUACUGGUACCAGUACUCUGACUUUGCUCGGUUUCCAGGAAUCAACUACUUCGCCAACCUGCCAGAUCUCCUGUGCAUGUCUCGGUCUCUGGACAUUCACCAUGCCAGUGCAAAGAUGCGGCGCUACAACGCCCGGACCUCAUGGGCUAAUGCUAAUGGAUGGUGCCUUUUCCUUGCGUGGGGUGGGGGAAGAGGGCCCUUAGGCUUGCCUCUCUACAGUUCGUGUUGUUUAAACGUGAUAGGCGUGUGUCAUGUGACGAGCUGUCGAGGCCCUCCAGCACGCAAGAGUGGGCAUGCCAGGUUCUUCAGAAAAGCUUGUAAUGAUUGA